UGUUUCAGCAUUUUCAAUUCCUUUUAAUAUUAUUAUUAGUUUUAAUGGCACGACUGGAUUGUAAAAUUUGCUUGAAAGUUUACAAAUCAAACCGCGCUAAAUCCACACCAAGAAUACUAACCAAUUGUGGACAUACUCUUUGUGAAGCUUGUGCGGAAACUCUCUUGGCACAGCACGUGGGUGAGAUAAUAUGCCCGUAUGAUCGAAAAAUCACGAUUAUAGAUGGAGGAGUUGAACAACUUCAUAAAAACUAUGCAAUUCUUGCUUAUAUUGACGAACUGCAAGAAGAAGGAAAUGUAUCGGACGACGAAGAGGAGCCUGAGCAGGAACCCGGGCAAAGAGAAAACGCAGUCAGAAAUUUAAAUGAAGACCAUGCACAUUAUAACAAUCAACUGAUAAAUGAAAACAUACAGGAUCUGUUAAUGGCUCAGCAACUCCAAUUUGAGGAUUACGACAAUAAUAGUGAGGGCUCAUUUGAACCGGACAAUGAUCAAGAUUAUGAUGAUUUUCAUCCUGAAAAUUUUGACGACAUUGUUGAUGCUUUUGGUGAUUUUGGUAUUGGAGACGACGGACUGUACGAUGAAAAUUAUGACGAUCAAAAUUAUUGGUGAAUAAAAAUUUUAAAAACUGUG